CCAAAUAAGUUGCUUCUCUUUAAGCACCAAGUCCCAGCUUAUCAAGAUUUCUCCGUAACUGGGGACUUCUGUUCAUCUCGGAUUCCCACCUUAGCAGCUACUUGGCCUCGUUACCCCUGCUUUGCUUCAAUUCGCGGAGUGAAAUUGCCUCUUAAUUCCAGCUCCCUAUUCGCGCCAAAAUUCGUUAUGAUGGGAGGGCAGUCCAGCAAGACGAGUGAGGCUGAUGUGCCUUUGGCUAUCAGAACGGGUACCGAUUCCCAGUUCGCGGCUGACUUGAACUCGUACGAAACUGCAUGUGUGGCCGACCCGAACUUACAAUCCUUCGACGCCUCCAUUCAAGAGCGAACUAACAGGGUGAUCAACUCGCUUGCCAAUGGGGUUCAGGUUCGCUCGUUAUCUAUUGAUUCUCUGAGAGAAGCGACUGCUGCUCUGUUAGAAAAUCACGAAGAAGUAGCCAGAAUCUUUCUGGCAUGCAAGAAUGAUAUAUUAAAGAACAAAGACCUCUCCUCCUUGGUUGACGAAUUUUUUGAAAAUAGCCUCUUGACAUUGGAUUUCUGUAUUAAACUUCGUGAGUGCUUGAGCCAGGCACGUGAUAACCAGGUAAUAAUUAAGUCAGCGCUCAACCAUUUUGAGGUAGAGGUCGAAAAUGGAGUGGAAGGGGUGAGAUAUGUAGAGACAUUGCAGCAACUGAAGAAAUUUACCGACGCUGGAGACCCCUUCACGAAAGAGUUUUACUUAUUGUUUGAGUCGGUUUAUGCUAAGCAGGUAUCAAUGUUGGAGAAACUGCAAGCCAGAAAGAGGACACUUGAUAAGAAACUGAAAUCCCUCAAGACAUGGAGGAGGGUGUCAAAUGCCAUUUUUUUAACUGCAUCCGUUUCUGUGUUGAUUUUCUCGGUGGUGGCUGUUGCCAUUGCUGCACCACCUAUUGUAACAGCUUUGGCUGGUGCAUUGGCUGUUCCAAUAGGCUCAGUAGGAAAAUGGUGUAAUUCACUAUUUCAGGGAUUUGAGAAAGCCGUGAGAAGCCAAAGAGGAGUACUCAGCUCAAUGGAGUUUCGUACCUAUAUCACAUUACAGGACUUGGAUAGCAUUCGAUCCCUGGUCAACAGAUUGGAAAUAAAGAUUGAGUCAUUGUUGCACAAUGCUGAUUUUGCCCUCAAGGAUGAGGACGCUGUGCAGCUUGCAGUCGAUGAGAUCAAGAAGCAGAUGGAACAUUUUGCCGAGAGUAUUGAGACUUUGAAUGACCAUGUUCUUAGAUGCGGUAAGCAGAUAACAGAAGCCAGGGCCGUGGUCAUACUAAAGAUAAUCGAACCUCCACGUUGAUAGUUCUUUGCUGUGUUUAUUGAUGACUUUGUAUUGUUAGCUUACUAUUCUGGAUUAUAAAGUGAGGUGCCUCAGAAGGAAAUACAGGGAUGCUACUUGUGUAUAACAUUUCUACACUUGAUAUGUAACUAUAGGAUCUUUCGAGAA